AUGAGGCCUUAUAACAGGAACGCCGCAUUUAGCAAGAGUGGAUUUCAAGAACUCCGUGUUUCUGAUGUUUCCCCAGAGUUUCGUGGCACCGUUGUGAAGAGUUUGGGCCGUGCAAGAGAGUCCUGCUUGGGCUGGCGCUCAUCACAUCUCGUUACAGUGCUGGACGGUUUUUGCACCGAAUCUCUCUGCAGGAGAUCUGCGCCAGCUGACUCGGCUUCCAACAAAGCCUGGACCGUGUCCACAUCUGCCAUUGCUGCAGGUGCAGUUGCUGCGCUUCGGCGGCAAUCAACCCGGCGGGCGCAGCGCCAAAGGCUGCCUGCCCCGCUGCGCGUGGCCACCUUGGAGAAGCCGGACGUCGUGGAGCGCGAGGACAUCCGCAACAUUGCAAUCAUUGCCCAUGUUGACCACGGCAAGACCACGCUGACCAAUGCUCUCAUGAAGCAGUGUGGCAUGGAGAAGGUCAAGUCCAUGGACAGCGAUCAGUUGGAGCAGGAGCGAGGGAUCACCAUUCUGGCGAAGAACGCCGCGGUGAACUACAAAGGCAUUAAGAUCAAUAUCGUUGACACCCCGGGCCACGCUGACUUCGGUGGUGAAGUUGAGCGCAUCCUGAACAUGGCAGACGGCUGCCUUUUACUUGUCGAUGCAGCCGAAGGCCCCAUGCCGCAGACGAAGUUUGUACUGAGGCAGGCUCUGAAGUUGGGCAAGAGGAUCAUUGUCUGCAUCAACAAGGUGGACAAGCCCGCCUCUCGACCAGACUGGGUCCUCGACACCACCUUCGACCUGUUCGGCUGCUUGGGUGCUGAUGAUGAGGCUUGUGACUUCCCCGUGGUCUAUGCCUCCGGUUUUAGGGGUGUGGCCUCUGUCGAUGGGCCCGAUGAUCUCAAGGAGGACUUGACGCCUCUGCUGGACACGAUUCUCGAGGAGACUCCGAAGCCGAAGGUUGACAACGACGCUCCUCUUCAGAUGCUGGUGUCCAACCUGGACUACGACGACUACGUCGGGCGUAUCUGCAUUGGUCGCCUGGUUUCCGGCGAGCUGACCGUGGGCCAGGAGAUUGGCAUCAUGUACGGCGAAGACGGAGAGCUGCGCAAGGGAAGCGUCACGAAGCUUUGGCACUUUGAGAACAACGAUCGAGUCAAGAUCGACAAGGUGAAGGCCGGUGACAUUUGUGCCUUCGCUGGCCUCACCGAAGUGACCAUUGGCGACACCGUGGUGGACCUGAACGAUGCCAGGGGUCUGCCUCCGAUCCAGGUGGAGGAGCCGACGGUUGCCAUGGAAUUCUCGGUUAACAAGUCGCCAUUCGCGGCACAGCUGAAGGAGUCCACGAAGGUCACUGCUGUCCAGAUCAAGGCCCGUUUGGAGAAGGAGUGCCUGACCAACUUGGCUCUGCGUUUUGAGCCUGGCAGCACGUCUGAGAGCUUCAAAGUGAAGGGCCGAGGGACGCUCCAGCUGGGCAUCCUCAUGGAGAACAUGCGCCGCGAGGGCUUCGAGUUCAUGGUCAGUGCGCCGGAGGUGCUGUUGCGCGAGGAUCCUGAGACCGGCAAGAACUUGGAGCCGUACGAGGAUGUGGCAGUGGACGUGCCCACGGAGUACCAGGGAGUCAUCAUGGAGGAGAUGCAGAAGAAAGGCGGCGUCAUGAAGGGCAUGGAGACUGGAGCCGUGGAGAACUCCUUGAUCUUGAGCUUUGAGAUCCCAACGCGUUGCACCAUCGGCAUGCCCGGCAAAUUCAUGCAGAGGACCUCUGGUACCGCGGUCAUGACCUCCCAGUUCUCACACUGGGGCGAGUUCGACGGCACGACCAUCAAGUUGCGGGACAAGGGAUCCAUCACCACAGGUGCUACCGGGAAGGCAACCUUCUACAGCAUCCUGAACUUCCAGCAGCGGGGCAAGUUCUUCGUGGAGGUGUGGCAAGGAUAG